AUGGAUCCUCAGUCUGAUACACAGGUGCUUUGGAGGCUUGUGGUGGGAUCGGCUCUGCCGGAUUGCCCUGAUUCUCAACAUGGGCAGUGGCUCCGAGUGCUGGGAUACCCGUAUGAACAUUCGACAGGAAGAGAAGCUGUGCUUGAAAUGCUCCAUGCAAUUGUAAUCAAGUUCCCAAAAGCCAUUAUAGGUGAGCAUUCCCAGACCAUAUUUGUUCAUUUGGUGGUUUGUUUGGCUAAUGACUAUGACAACAAAGUCCGCUCCAUGACUGGCGCUGCUGUAAAGCUUCUGAUUGGGCAUGUGAGCCCGCAGUCACUUCAUUCCAUUCUUGAGUAUAGUCUCUCUUGGUACUUAGGUGGAAAGCAGCAUUUAUGGAGUGCUGCAGCCCAGGUCUUGGGAUUAUUGGUUGAAGUAAUGAGGAAAGGCUUUCAAAAACAUGUCAAUGGUGUGUUGCCAGUGAUGAGAAGCAUUUUCCAGUCUGCUAUCAAUGUUCUUACAAAUGGACAGCUAGAUCUUUCUGUUGAAGCUACAGUUCCCUUUUGGAAAGAGGCAUAUUACUCACUAGUCUUGUUGGAGAAGAUACUGCAUCAGUUCCAUGAUUUGUUCUUAGCAAAGGAUCUUGAGGAUAUAUGGGAAAUGAUUUCAGAGCUUCUGUUGCACCCGCAUAUGUGGUUACGUGAUGUAUCGAACCGCCUGGUGGCCCUAUACUUUGCCUCAGUAACUGAGGCCAACAGAGAAAACCAUGAAAAGUCACUAGAAACAGUUUUUCUAAUGAGACCAAGUAGACUUUUUCUCAUAGCUGCAUCUCUCUGCUGCCAAUUGAAGGCCCCACUAAUUGACAACACUGCCAGCACCAUAGUUACACAAAACCUCAGCUUCACAAUUUGUGGAAUACAUUCUUUGUUAGUACCAAAGAAAUGGAUUGAUGGCCAAAGUUUUGGGUAUACCCUUGAACACGAUGAGGAAGGUUGUUUCCUCAAAGCUUUUCAAAAGCUUGACUCACGAAAAGGAAGAAGUAUGUUUGCAUCCCUCACAUCUGGUGAUAAUAAUCAAAAUGAUCAAGAAAAUAGUGGUCAUCAUCAAUCUUUGCUCGUCUCUUACCUGCUGAAGAGAAUGGGAAAGAUUGCCCUUCAGAUGGAGGCUGUUCAGGUGGGUCUGCUAGACAGUGGCUUCUCUGAGAACUGUUCUGAGUUUGCUAAGCUUAUUGAGUAA